AUGAAUAUACCGGACGGCGUUGUGGUGGGCGAUAACGUAGCAUUAUCAUGCAACUUUAACUCUAAUAAUGUGUCUGCAAUAUACUCGCUUAAAUGGUAUAAAGAUCAACAGGAAUUUUACCGUUAUGUGCCCAGAGAUGUGCCACCAAAACUGCAUUUCACCAUGCUCGGAGUGAAUGUGGACACCGCCCACUCGGAUCUCCAUAGAGUAGUGUUAAAUAAUGUCUCGUUGAGAUCAAUUGGUGACUACCGGUGCGAAGUGUCGACCGAUGGGCCAGACUUUACCACUACUACUAUGAAUGAAAAGCUGUCGGUGUUUUCGCUGCCAGAGUCCGGGCCCCAGAUAUCGGGCCUAAAAGCGCGCUACCCAUUGAACAGUACUGUUAGGCUAACGUGUACUGUGGCCGAGAGUUAUCCGGGCAUCUAUGGUAAUCUAACCUGGCACAUUAAUGAUCAACUGGCACUCAAUGAAACCGUGGUGAAUAAUGAAUUCCCAACCAGUUCUGACCGAUACACAACCACCAGCAUGAUCAGUUUUAAAGUGGACAAACACCAUUUCCAGUCCGGAGAGCUUAAGGUUAAAUGUAUGGCCACCAUCCCAGCCAUGUACAGGGCAACUACUGAGAUCACAAUAUUUAACCCCGAGCAUAAAGACAUUGGUGAUAAUGAGAGUAAAGGAGGUGCAUGGUCGCCCAAACCCAUGGACAUUUUUAAUAAUAAUACAAACAAAAUGUCAAACAAAACAAUCCCAUCAUAUAUUGUGCGGACAAUGCAAUUGUCUGACAGCCAAGAAGUGCGACAGAUGUGGACAUCGCUUGAUUUGGAUGUCUAUAAAUACGCCAAUGAAAUGCUACUCUUAACUGAUCCCAAAGGAUCACUCGUUGCCGAAGACAUCACUACAGGUAAUGUGUUGGGAGUGUGUAGUGGUGUUAAUCUGUCGCCAGAGCUCUCAUAUGUAGUGAUAUAUGCGGUGAGAGACGAGUGGCAGGAGAGGGGCAUCGGAACCGCUCUUUGGGAUAAAGCCGUUGAACAUAUGGGCGACAGAAAUAUCUCAUUGUUUGCGUCAAAUGAUAAAAUUGUUGACCUAAAUUUUAAUGCUGUUCACCAACGGAGGCGACACGUUAUGAAAGGCAUACCUAUUAUAACAGAUCUGAUCAAUAAAAUUGAUGGCAUAACUUUGGUUGACAUGAAUGAUAACAAUAUCGCAGAUGUGAUUGAAUACGACAAACAGGUCUGCGAUGGACUCGACAGGAGUGCACAGCUCAGGGCACUCAACGGCUCAUUCAAAAGCAUAAGUCUUGUGGCCGUUAAUGAUAGCAAUCAAGUGAUGGGCUAUUGUUUCCUAUCAAAGACCGUUUGUGGCAAUACAAUCGUUGCCCCACUUUAUGCCGAUAAUCAACAAAUCGCUGAAUUGUUACUUAAAAAAUGUUUACAACGGAUACCAAAUUGUAAUGAGAUUUACUAUUCGUGUUGGGAUUUAAAUGAAAAAUCAAAGGGAAAAACAAUUGCAAACAAAUUGGGAUUAGAAGUAGUGAGAGAAAUGCACAUGAUGGCCACGAAGAAAAUGAAUGAUAUUCAAUUGGAUAAAAUCUAUGCCCUGGGCCUUUCAGCUAGUAAAUUCAUGAUUGUUCUAUUAUAUGUACAGUUGUCAUAA